GCCUCCCCUUCAAGUCGUGUAAAGAUGAAUCCAUGUAUAUAAUAGUAUGCUGUCGUUGUAUUCAAAUAGUAUAUUCAUUUUCUCUUACUCCUGGAUGCUUCUUACCUUGGAGCAACAAUUGCACCUUCUGAAUGUCCUAGGUGACUUCGGCUCAUCAUUGGCUGAGUUCUUCAUUGUUGUUCUUCAGAAUACUGCCUUCUCGCACCACACUGCAAUACUACCUUUGGGAGAUGACACGCCGGCUGUCCUGAAUGCCCUUUUUACGUAUGGAGCUUCCCACGCAUUCGCCGUUUGCUGGGCGCAUGAAUACAUCGAAAACCGAUAUGCAGAACAAAUACUAAAACUCACAAGCAAGGAGGCCGGUUGGCAUUUCGGAGCAAACCAUGCGAGCAUUGAGAAGCUGGAGGCGUUUGAUCUAGCCGCUAUGAGUCGCAAGAUGCAUCAUCGUGCACCAGAUGUCUGCCGUAUGGUUGGCCGGCUUCUCUCCGCAGAUUUGAAGGCUAAUGAAGGUCGUGACGCGCGGAGGAGAGCAAGAGAAGUGAAAGCUAAAGAAAACAGAGAGCAGCGAGCAGCAAGAAUGGACGUAGAUGAGUCAGAUGAUAGUGAUGAUUCCGCUAUGUACUGGGAUGGUCUCGAAGACCUUGAGAAUGUCACAAACGCACUGGCAGAAGAUCGACAUACCAUCUUGCGGAAACGUGUGAUCAUGAUCAGACAGGUGACUUGCCUCAGUCUCAUGAUGCAGAGCACCAAUCAACACUGCAAUGCAUUGCAAUCAAUGGUCGGACUCUAUCUGCAUACCUGUCAUGUACCCCAGGCAUCGCUGGACCUGCUUGCACAUAUGGGAUGUUCGAUAUCAACACUGUCAAUCAACAAUGCGAUCACGAGCCUGUCAAAUGAGUCCUCAGAAGUUAUCAAGAGAAUCGGAAGAAUGCUUCUUGCAAGCUACAUUUACGACAACCUUGAUGCAGACCUCAAAAUUUCAGUUCCUACUGUUGAGAAGCCACAAAAUAUGCUCAUACACAUCACCGCUGGUAUGCUGGUUCCUCUCGAACAUGGUGUGACCUUAGCAGACCUUGACUGCUCUGCUCAACUAUGGAAUAAAUCAAGACUCAAUUCAAACGCAUUGCCAAGUGACGUACUGGCGGGAAUAGACUUCUACAGGCUGACCACAAUUCAUGCUGAACAUGAAGAACACGAGUUGGGUCUCCUACGCCAUGAGUGAUUCAGUGCAUGGAUGAUCCUUCACACACUCGUCCACACGGUCCAGAGUUCUUUUGCAAAUACAAAAAGAUGCUGGGA